AUGGAUUUUGUGACCCAUCUUCCUUCAUCUUUCGGACAUUCUGUAAUCUGGGUUGUCUGUGACAGAUUGACCAAGUUUGUACACUUCGUGGCUUUACCGACCCACUUCACCGCGCAAGACUUGGAAAGACGAUUUUCCAUUGAGAUCUGUCGGUUGCAUGGCGUUCCUAAAUCGAUUGUCUCGGACAGAGAUCCGCUGUUCUUGAGUGCCUUCUGGAAAGAGCUUUUCCGUGUCCAAGGAACAACCCUGAAGUAUAGUACGGCUUAUCACCCAGAAACUGAUGGUCAAACGGAAGUCGUAAAUCGAAGUUUAGAAACAUACCUUCGGUGUUUCACGAGCAACCUUCCACGCAUGUGGUUCAAAUUCCUUCACUUGGCAGAAUAUUGGCACAACUCCACAUUCCAUUCAUCCAUCAGCAUGACUCCCUUUGAAGCGCUCUACGGACGUGCACCCCCAGCAACAAAAGACUAUAUCCAAGGGAACGCAAGCAUCCCUUCUCUGGACUCCGCCCUGCUAAACAGACAAACAAUCAUUAACACUCUGAAACAUAACUUAGUUCGCAGUCAGAAACUCAUGGCCGUACAAGCAAAUAAGAAACGACGAGAUGUUACCUUUGCCGUCGGAGACUUUGCUUGGCUGCGUCUUCAACCUUAUCGGCAAACGUCGGUCCAACGGAGAACCUCACAGAAGUUAUCGAAGCGUUUUUUUGGACCUUUUCGGAUCUUGCGUCGUAUCGGACCCAUUGCUUACGAGCUUCAGCUUCCAAGCUCAUCUCGCAUCCACCCGGUUUUUCACGUUUCACAGUUAAGGGCUUAUCAUGGUAGUGACCCACAAAGAGACAUGGUACCCAUUCCAGAUUACAUUAGAGAGGAUGUUUUGGUGGAAAGUUCAAAAGAAGAUUUGGAGUUUACGACAAGCGAUGUUCAGAAAGAGAGUUCAGAGAUAGAACAAAGUACACAUGUGGGUUCCAAAAGAAGUGAAAAUCAAAACUCACGUUCUAACUCUCCUAUUUAUGGUACAGCGUCUCCCUCAUCUUUGUUGAGUCCAUCUUCACCGUCAAAAUUAAUUCCACCUGUCACCAAACCAUCUCCACCUUCCAUCCACAUUGGAUCCUCUUCAAAUCCUGUGUCCUCUUUUCAACUCCCCACCCCACGUGACUAUUCAAACCCACUAUUAAAAUUAAAUAAUGGUCACCAGCUGUACCCAACUUCCUUGAAACCUCACGUUUCCGCCCCUGGUUUUAGCAAAACCACUUCCUCUCCAUUCAAUGCUCAGCAGAACCGGGACCCACUAAAUCCUUCCCCACCGUCAGAUUCCCAACGGCCCUCCGUGCUUUCUUCUCCUCACGCCACCUAUCCUUCCUCGGGCCCCAAAACACCUUCCUCAUAUUCUGCCAACUGUUCCCCACUUGUGUAUCCCUCUGUUUCCGAGAUUCCACUUACGUGUUCUCCUCUCCGCCCUCAGAUUUUUCCAAGUGGGCCACUCAAUUCAGAUCAGGGCCCAAUCUCUUUUACACCUAACCUUGAGGACAAGGUUUUUAGUGGGCCGGAUAGUAAUGUUAGAGCGCUGGACAGGUCCAGGAGAGUCACAAAAAGGCCCAUAUGGCAGCAAGAUUUUAUUCUGGAAUAA